CGUGCAGGUAUCACAGCUGAUCUAAAUGAUGACGGAUUCAUGCUCUCUUUUCACAAACUAUUCACAACUUUAAGGAGAAGUGCAGCACUGACCCCAUUCUCCUCUUUUCAGACUGAAACUUUCAGAGCAGGUGAAUUACCUGCAGUAAUCCAACGCUACCGGGGGCCGCCUCAGUUUUUGUCAAACCGGUUUGACGUGUCCGUGUUAUUUAUGACCUACGGGGAAGUGAAGCACCGUGUCGUUGUCGGCUUCAACUUUUUUAAGCCCGUUGUUUCUGUCUGUUGUUGCUUUGCAACGCAGCGAUUUUAAUUGUCAUUUUUUGUUUUGUUUUCCUGUCGCAACACCGAGAAUGAAUAUGUUCAGAAGAGAUAAAGGCUCAACAACUCCGGUGGUCCCACCAAGACCCAGCAAGGAGGAUCUGGAGAACCCUACUGAGCACGGCCGGAGCACACAGCCCGCAGGCCCGACCGCCAACAGUGACGUCACAAACGAGCUGAACCCAAAGACCAAGAGGACGGGAGUGAUGGGAGUCAUGCAGAAGGUCAACCCAUUCAAGUCCACGUCACAGGCGUCCUCCACAGUCAGCAACUCUUCGUCCUCAGAGUCACUAGAACAGGGAACAGACUCGUCACAGAACCCUGGUGUGCUGAGAGGAGUCAUGCAGAAGGUUAACCCAUUCAAGUCCUCCUCCCAGGCGUCCUCCACAGUCAGCAACUCUUCAUCCUCAGAGUCACUAGAACAGGGAACAGACUCGUCACAGAACCCUGGCGUGCUGAGAGGAGUCAUGCACAAGGUCAACCCUUUCAAGUCCUCCUCCCAGGUCUCCAAAGCGCCAUCCGCGGAGUCGCUGGAGCAGGGACAGGGGUCAGACUCUAAUCAGAACCCCAGUAAGCUGAAAGGUGUGAUGCAGAAAGUCAACCCGUUCAAGUCGUCCACACAGCUGCCAAAGACAGAUCCUCUAACUGAUUCUGAAGAUCCUCCAGAAACAGAAACAGAGCGUCAAGGCAAACAGAAUCCAGGGAUGAUUGCAGGAAUGAUGCAGAAAGUCAACCCAUUCAAAUCCUCACAGCCAAAGGACACCCAGCCUCUACACAGUGACCUCUCCUCCAGCAGUGGGAGCUUAGCAGACAAUAACAACGUGCCGGAGAAGCAGAACCCCGGGAAGUUCAAAGGGAUGAUGCAGAAAGUUAACCCCUUCAGGUCGAACACACAGAUUCCAGGCGAGGAAUGUCAGACGGACUCGGCUGUACCUAAUCCAACUUCCUCUUCGAUGACGCAGGAAAACCGAGCUCUCCACAGCGAUCAGUCCUCCAGCUCUGACAGUAUAGACGACAGCACCAUCGAGAGACACUCUAUCUGGUACACUGAUGUCGACCCCACCUGCGAGGUGAGAAGCCAGCCAACAGCUCCGCCAAAGAAAAGAACCAUGACUUUCAGAAUAAAGCGGAUUCUGCCCACUGCAUUGUUUGGGUCCGGAACAAAGGACUCCUCAUCCGAUGCCCAAGCACCGCCCCAGGAAGUGGUGGAAGUUCAGACGCUACAGAUGGCUGAAGUACCAGUACCCAGUGAAGGAACCGAACUGGACCCUCUAGACGAUGAGGAAGGUCUCUUAGCGUGGUGGAAAACAGUCGAAGGCUGGGAAGAGUGGAAUGAGGCCAACCAGAACGAUGAACCUGAAGAAGUGGUGGAACAAGCAGCCGAUCGUGUCUUCAUGGCUGCUCGACUUUUUGUCCGCUUUUUCAACCAGCGCGGCGGAUCGCUCCAGCAGCGAAUCCUGGAGCUGCUGGCUUUGGCCGACGCAGCAGAUCAUUUUCAUAAGAAAACAGUCACGGCCAGUGUUGGCGGUGGGGUGGCCAGCGUGGCGGGGUCCAUCACCACCAUCACCGGCCUUGUUUUGGCGCCCUUCACGGCAGGAGCAUCGCUCAUCGUCACAGCUGUAGGCAUCGGUGUGGCUACGGCGGGCGGGCUGGCCUCGGCUUCAGCCAACAUCACUGACACGGUUCAUUCGAAGACGGACCGCAAGAAGGUGGAGAAGAUGAUCCAAGACUAUGAGGAUGAGAUGAAGGACAUCAAGGACUGCCUGGAUUUUUUGCAGGAAGGAAUGGAGACACUUGAAGAAUGGGACUUCGAGCAGUAUGCUGAGAGCAUAGCAAAGAAGCACCUUAACCAGAACGUCAAACACGUGAUGAAGGAGGGCGGCCGGGCCGGCAAGGCUUUAGUGAUCAACACAGAGAGCCUGAUUAAUACCGUUCAGGUCCUCGGUGUAGCAGGAGGUGCUGCAAAAGCAGCCCAGGUGAUGAGCGUCACCACCGGGGUCAUGUCGGGGCUCUUCCUGGCUCUCGACGUCUUUUUCCUGGCAAAGGAUUCCAUAGAGCUCCGAAAGGGAGCAAAGACAGACUUUGCUGCUAAGAUUCGAGAAGUUUGCAAGGACCUGCAGGACGGGCUGCUGGAGCUGAACCGCAUCAAGGAACAGCUGCAGAAAACCAUGGAUGGGAUAGAGGUGGAGGUCGAGGAGGAGGAGGACGAAGAGCUGCUGAAGUCUGAUCUGAAGAAACUCAUCGAGUUGGAAGAAUGAAGUGACGGUGGUUAGAAAACCAAAAACAAUCACCUUGUUAUUACUCCAAAGAGCUGUUCUGAAGUAAAAUGUAUUUUAAAUAUUUAUUAGUUGUAUUAAUUUUAAAUUUAAGUAGCACAUUGUUUGCUAUGUUGAACUAAUGUUAUUUUCUUCACAAUAAAAGUGGUUCCUAUGUAUAUAUCUAGCCUGUUUUAAAUAAAGAAAAAAAAAAAACAAA